GAAAAAUAAAGCAACCUGGUUUUACUUUUUUACUUUCGAUCCCGCUUUCGAUAUUUCAGUGACGGAUUACUGGAUAAUCUGGAUAAUAUUAGGACUAGCAGCGAUACCUGGGAUAACAUAGGUAAAUAAUGAGACCCCUCGACUGGGUUUAACUAUCUGUACCCCCAAGAAAGAUGUCAACACGAUCUUUUGACAACCCAUAUUCUGAUUUUGACAGUCAAAAGUCACUAGAAAAUAAUGUCAAAACAAGAGAAUUGACAGCCAAGAUACAAACUAAAAUAGAUGAAUUGCUAGGGAGACUUGAAGAUGUAGAGCCAACUCUAGAUCACCAUGACUACUCCAUCUAUACAGGGACUACUGGAAUAGCAUUGCUACUUUACCACCUUUCUAAGACAGUAGAUGGCCCUACCAGCCAACAGAGACAUCUAUUGGCAGCAAAAACAAUUGUUGAUAGAUCACUGAAUUCUCUGAAGGGAAGAAGACAGUCAUUCCUUUGUGGAGAUGCAGGUCCCCUGGCUCUGGCUGCGGUCAUUUAUGAUGUCUUAGGUGAAAAGAAGAGAAGCAAAGACUUUUUGAAGAGGCUUCAUGGUCUUCAUGUUGAUGUAUUGGAUCCUGCUAUACCAGAUGAGAUGUUGUAUGGCAGAGUGGGCUACAUUUAUAGUCUACUUUUCAUCCAGAAACAUCUAGGUACCCAGGCAGCUGAUCAAGCUAUCAUAAAUAAGGUUUUACACUACACUGUGCGAUCAGGGCAAGAUCUUGCUGAAAGGGAACGGAGUGAUGCCCCAUUGAUGUAUAGAUGGCAUGAUAAGACAUAUUUGGGAGCAGCACAUGGUCUGGCUGGUAUACUAUACAUUCUUAUGCAGUUUUCUGGUGAAGAGCACAAGGCAACACUAGAGAAGCUUGUACAACCAACCAUUGAUCAUCUGAUGACAUUAAAGUUGCCAUCAGGUAACUGGCCCUCUAGUGUUGAGAGUGGAGACAAAGACCGCCUUGUACAAUGGUGUCAUGGGGCCCCUGGAUGGGUGCAUAUGUUUAUCAAAGCAUAUCAGGUUUUUCGUUCUGACAAAUACAAGACGGCCGCUUUAACGUGUGUUGAUGUCACAUGGGAGCGAGGUCUGUUACGGAAAGGUUAUGGGAUAUGUCAUGGUACAGCGGGAAAUGCUUAUGUCUUCCUAGCCUUGUAUAAUCUCACUGGAGAAGAGAGACAUCUAUACAGAGCAUUAAAGUUUGCAGAAUGGUGUUGUGAUUAUGGUAAACAUGGAUGUAAUACACCUGAUAGACCUUACUCACUCUUUGAAGGAAUGGCAGGUACCAUACAUCUUCUCAUUGAUGUGCUUCAUACCGACCAGGCAGUGUUUCCAGCUUUUGAGUUAUGACUUUGAUGUCAGGACAUUCAGAACUUAUGAAUGCCUAUGUAUUGAU